AUGCAGGGACAGUCGAACAUAGCAGGACAAUCUUUCCUGCUCACAACCAAUAAUAAUUGGGUCAAGUAUACGGCGGCUGACCUUCUGCGCGCGUUCAAUGCGACGUAUGCUCGUCAAGCACGCCGUAUGGGUGUUCAACCACCCACUCCAUACGUCGACUGGGCGGAGUCUUCGGAUGAUCGUCCUCAACCUUCCAGUCGCCCCUCGAUGAAAACACAACAUCCUUUCUCGAUGUCCAUCCCUUCCUUUCCAGCUACCGUUGGCGGCCCAUCUGGCUCACGUAUGCGUGAUCCAAAACUACAAGAUAUCCGCUUCAGUGCCCCAUUGACUACGCAAGAAAGCGUUUGGGAUCUCGGCACGAUGGGCCCGGGUUCUCCGACGCGACUCAUUCUUAUGAUGGCCUUUGAUAUCCCUUCACCCGAGCGACGUCCGCCAUUUUUGAGGCUAGCAUUGGACCUUGCUGACGAGGCGGACAACAGAUGGUCGCUUCAUCCUGGGUACACCGUUGGGCCCAAGAAUUGGAAAGGCAUACUGAAGCAUUCGAGACACAAGCCCACUGGAGCACACAGAGUAAACGUCUGGGGGGGCCGAUACGAUCCCCGUAGGGUACCGAUGUUCGAUAUGGAAUACAUUGACGGGUCGAACUACGAUUAUAUUCAGAUCGACUCCCCGCUCAUAAUCGACGUGCAAAUGAGAACUCAAUCUCGAGAUAUAUUCUUGCCCAACGUUCGCUCGCAAGCAGCGACACGGAUCAGCAAAGAACUUGAUAAGGAGGAAGAUGUCGAUGGAUUCAUCGGCUUAGAGCCACAGGCCAAGCAUGUCGCACUCGUCAUGACGUAUCAUGCACGCUCAUACAGAAAUCCAGCGACUUCGAGAGUCACAUCAACCCUGCGACAAGGGGCGGUGCCCGUCCGGUCAGUCUCUACUCUCAGCGCGUCACUGCUUGCACAUACCAAAUUGCGUUUGCGUCUACAGACCCUCAUGAAUCAGCUCUACCGCUUGAACAAAAUUACUCGAUUACGAAAGUCUUUUGCUCUGAGCCCUUCAUAUCGGCGCACCGUCUGUCCUAGGAUGUGGAUACUCGACAACGAGAUUUGGCCCCCUGCCGCCUUUUCCACGCAAGAUCCGAGUGAAUACCGUCUGCAUUCUGGCGAAGACACCCCGCCAAUCCCUGUCCGUCUUGGUUCGAGUGGUGCGCCUGGCUGGACUGUGCGGCUAAGCGAGAUAUGCCUUUGGGACAUUGUUACGCAGAGAUUUAUAUUGCGGGAGAAGCUUGACGACUUCGUUACCCUUGACAAUGGCAGCGAGACGACAAUACUCCCGCCAACGGCCUUUGCAUGGAUUGCCGCCCGUAAACAUCCUGCACACGUGUAUCAUCCUCGCAGAAGAUUCCGGCUCAGCAAGGACAAGGACACAUUUUGUGUUCGACCCGACACCAUCGACAAAAGGUAUCAUCUGGCAAUGGCUUUCAGAGCGAGCGAUGGAGCGGAUUACAGAGUAACCAUCGCUCCCCUGAAUGAAAUUGUCACGUACCGCGAAGCCGAGGACAACGGUGAUUAUCUGCUCGCCUUCUCUCCUGUAGUGCAAGGCCUGAAGCCGCUGAUUGGGCUGAACGUUCUUCGUUAUCUUUGGCAGUCAUACCAUGACUGUCUUCCCACUUCGGCGUAUGUUCAUUUGGCCUACGGCUACUGUGGUCGGGAUCAAGGCCGCGACGUCUAUUGAUCCACUGUCGCCGUAUGAAGUCCAGUGUAGCUUUGCUGGCAUGGUCUUUUUUGGUUGCGGAGAUCCUUGACCCUUUAUAUGGCCCAUUAUUAUCAGAGAUUGGCGCAGAGCGAGACGUGUCAGAAUGUAAUUACAUCGGUCGGUAAUGCCCUAACAAGUGAUGCUCUACUGUAUCCUC